GUAGCGAUGGUGUUGUGGUUGUCCAUGCCGCCGACACCUCCGUGAGUGUUGUCUUGCACAGAACACCAACUGGGAGAGCUCACCACGCAUGGAGUUGAGCUCGGACCGUGCGGUGGCAACACUGGAGAUGUCGCAGAUCAAAAGCAAAGACGAUGAGCCUUUUGACGGUGACGGUGACUACGAGAGCUUGCCACCUCAUGUCUCAGUGACGACCCACAUGACAGCAGGAGCCGUGGCUGGCAUACUGGAGCACACGGUGAUGUACCCCGUGGACUCUGUCAAGACAAGGAUGCAGAGCUUGCAGCCAGACCCAAAUGCACAGUACAGGGGUGUGUAUGAGGCUCUGAAAAGGAUCAUCCGGACAGAGGGGAUCUUCAGACCGCUGAGAGGCCUCAACAUCACCAUGAUUGGUGCGGGACCCGCCCAUGCGCUCUACUUCGCCUGCUAUGAACGGGUCAAACGCUCACUAAGUGACGUCAUUCAGAGUGGAGGCAACAGCCACUUAGCCAAUGGUAUGGCAGGUAGUGUGGCCACUGUCCUCCACGAUGCCGUCAUGAACCCAGCUGAAGUGAUAAAGCAGAGGAUGCAAAUGUACAACUCGCCAUAUCGAGGACUUUGGGACUGUGUUCAAACAGUAACGCGCACUGAGGGUAUAGGAGCCUUCUACCGCAGCUACAGCACACAGCUGACCAUGAACAUCCCUUUCCAGGCCGUUCACUUCAUCACCUACGAGCUGAUGCAGGAACAGUUAAACCCCCACAGACAUUACCACCCCGGCACCCACAUAGUGUCGGGAGCAGCAGCGGGAGCUGUUUCCGCAGCGAUAACCACUCCACUUGACGUUUGUAAAACUCUGCUCAACACGCAAGAGAAUGUAGCACUCAACUCCAUGAACAUCAGCGGCCACUUAACAGGAAUGGCUAACGCCUUCAGGACAGUGUACCGGCUCGGUGGGCUGGCGGCCUUCUUCAAAGGGGUCCAAGCUCGGGUUAUAUACCAGAUGCCCUCCACUGCCAUUGCCUGGUCAGUGUACGAGUUCUUCAAGUACUUCCUGACAAAGCAGCAGCAGGAAUCAGAGGCAGGUCCUGGACAGAUGUAAUGGAAAGUGUGCUCGAGCGAACCACGCCUAGACUGGAAUCGAUGAAUGAAGGCUGCAACCUGAAGCUGCUCGCCGUGCGCUGUGUGAGGAAAUAACUUCGGUUAUUGUCUCACAAGGCAGUCGUGCAGGUGGAGGAGCGGCAGAGCAUGGCACUCCUUAUUGUUCAUUUACCUAAGUCUGUGUUUUUACAAGUUAAGAUGAUGUUGCACAACCGGAAUAUGCAACAGAGAUGACUCGGAGAUUCUUCAAAGGACAGAUUCACGUAGAAGAGUUGAAUGGUCAUCUUCCUCCUCCUCCUCCUCCUCCUCCUCCUCCUCCUCCUCCUCCUCCUCCUCCUCCACCUCCUCCACACACACUUCAACCACAACUCUCCAAACUCUCCUUUCUACAAGUGGUGAGAGUAUAAAUAAGUUGUCUUGAAUGAUGUUUAUAGUUAUUAAUAUUGGAACUUUUUAUUUAUUUUGUUAGCUUUCCGAGGCUUGUAUUUUAUGGAUACGGAAGAAACACAAUGCUGUUUGUUUUUUAUUUCGUUGUGUAUUUAUAAAAAACCAUCACAGCACAUUCCUUAUUUUCACUCCACGGCGAACGCAACAAUUGUGCUUUCCAAGUGCCUCCUAAAUAUUAAAUGCUGCUUCACAUUUUCUUCUCUUUGGCCCUCUGGUUUUUGACAGAGUAAAUCCACAUUUUAUUUUGUUCCACGUUCUAGCAAAGUACUAUUUUGUGAUAAGAUAAAAUCUUAUAGUGGCUCUUUAUGUCAAAACUUUUUUCAAUAAUCUCUGCACCAAAUGGUCAAGUUGCAGCAAUUUUUUUUUUUUUUGUUGCAGUUUUUUUGCUUUAAGUGCAAAAUACUGUGUUUUUCCUGCCCUGAGAGACCCUCUUUCCCCCUCAGUAUCGAGGUGUGCAGGCUGUAAUGGUCCAGUUAUUUACCUUGUUAAAGCGCAGCACUACUUUGUUCCUGAAUCAUGCACAAUUAUAGUCUAAUUUAAAUAAUCCCACCUGUUGCAGAAAGAAGGCAGCUUGUUUAUGUGUACAUGAACGUGUACAUGAAACAUGAAUAUUUAUUUUGAAGGUAUUUGUGAGAAACGUCAUUAUGCAGGUCCAAAGAUGGAUCAGAAGGCUGUUACUUGAGAUGAUGGCCAUAUCGCAACCUUCAUGUGUGUUUGUUCUGGUGUGAAGUUUAACGUUUGAGUGGCCUGUUUUUUUUUAUGUGUGUCAAACUGAUCUUGAACCUAAAGGUUGUAGAUUGUGUCUAUGAGAUAUUUCAGAGUGUGAGUUUGGCUGAGACUUCAGGUGCAGACUUUCUUUGAUGCAAAAGGUAACAUAGUUCUGUUUUGAAACUGACCAGUGAUCUCGGUCGCUCUUUGUUUCCACGAGACCAGAAAAAGCCUGAUAAAAGCAGCUGCUAAGCAGGCAAUGUUAUUUCUUUUAUUUUCACUCGUCCUGUUGUACUUACACGUUUCCUGUGUGCUCACUGCUCCUUCCAGCCUCUUGACUAUUUUCCAUUCAGUAGUCAAGACAUUCCUGCAGAUAUUGAUGUAAUCCAGCAAGAAGCCAGAUUUAUUUGUUUUUAAUUAUGGAGUUUUUUUCCCCUUUGGUACAGUUCAGAGAGUUCGUUGGAUUCAAGUGGUCUCACAGACCCUUUAGCAACAGAUUCAUUCUGCUUAUACAGUAAAAUAAUUGUUAGUAUACCAAAGACAUACGUUAUAUUCUAUGCAUUACUUUUAACCUGUAAUUAUGAUGCUCUUAGCUUGCCUGCUGUGAAAUGAAUUGUGAUUUUUUUGCCCCAUAGCUUUCAUUAGUUAAUUUGCCUAAUCACUUGAAUUCUUCAGUAUGUCUCAUUUAGAUCUACAGGCUUCUUGUCUGUACGUCUUUGGAACUCUGGUGUCAGAAAAGUCGUUCAUUUACUUUUACAAAAACAUCCAUUGAGUCCUAAAGUACUUGAGCAAAAGCAGUUAAAAGUGGAAAUUGUAUAUUACUAUGAAUAUUCUGGAAAAUGUCAUUGUAAUCUAUAUUUUAUUUACUGAUCAGUUGGUUCAAACUAUAUAAGAUAGUUAUUUUGAAUGCAAUAUGGAUUUAACAUGAAUGGAUACAAUGUUUUGUCAGCUUGAAUAUAAAUUAGCACAGAUUCACGCGGAUGUGUUGUUCUGAUGUAAAUCUAAUCAGUGAGGUUCGCCUGUCGCCCACAUUGUGUUAGCGUCUUCUGUGGGAUCCACAGACCAAACUCCACUCCUCUGAUUGUAAAUGAAUCAUAUGAUUUAAGGUACAGACACACUGAAUCCGACUUGAACGCACCAGAUCACCGAAACAUGCACCACUGAAAGCUCCAGCUGGAGAAAGCCGCGUGCUGCGUCUUGCAAUGCCGUAUCCACCAUUCAAGGAUCGGUCGACUCAACAUCUUUCAGCGGAUCCAGUGUGUCUGAACCGUGACAAAAGCGAAAUGAAGACAGUCGCGAUAGUGUUUGAUUUAUUGCAUUAUAACACUGCUUGCCCUCCACCAUCAUAACUGUGAUGUGUCGAUUCAUAAUAGUGAAUCAUAACUCCCGAACUGUGUACUCUGAACUUUUAAUGUGUCAAAGUAGUGUUUCUAAUAGAUGCUUACAUUUUAAAGGAGACAGGAGAGCUGAUAUUCCAUGUGGGUAUUUCCACGAUGUAAAUAUUUUUAUGCUAGUUACGCACAAAUGAAUGAAAUGGGAGUUGGGAUGAUUUCUGUUGUUGAGUGCCAUCUCCAGAACAGGAAAGCUUGGAAAUUCGACCAUGCAAAUAUGAAAUGAUUGUGAUGCUGCUGCUACAGUAUGUAACACUGGAGCUGAAAUAAACAUGCAA